AUGGCGAGGCGCGCCUCGCGGUCGCGCCUCCCCCAGACCACCGUCCAGGGGACGUUCGUCGUCCGCACGGACGAGCGGGGGCUCGGACUGGUGGCCGCCGCGCCCGUCGAGGCGGGAGGCUGCUUCGCGCGAGACACACCCGAGCUCCUGCGGGAGCUGCUCUCGCGCCCUCGCUGGGCGGGCCUCCUCCGCGGACCACUCGCGCUGCACCACUGCGCGGAGCACCUCGAGCAGGCGGAUGCGGAGGCAGAGGUGUCGGCGGCACCGCGUCCGCAGUGGGCCGAGGCGCUCGGGGUGACCGCCGACGGGCUAGCGAGGCUCUCGGCGGCGCUGCGUUCGAACGUGGUCUGGCUACCGGCGGCCGCCGACGCCGGCGGGUGCGGCAGCGGCUGCUACGAGCUGCGCGCGCGGCGCCGCAUCGAGGGCGGCGAGGAGCUCUCUUUCAGCUACCUCGGCUUGCCCGCCACGGGCAAGCGCCGGCCGACUCGCGCCGAGCGACGCGAGCAGCUGCACGAGCGUUGGGGCUUCUGGUGCGAGUGUGCGCUGUGCGGCAGCGAGGGUGGAGACGCGGUGCGAGUGCAGGCCAGCCCCGCGUCGCGAAAGAGGGUACGGUAG